UAUUAUGUUACAUAAGACGUGCUUGACAAUUACGUUUAUACAAUUAAAUUCGUAUAUACGGCGAUUAAAACAUUUAUCACUGUUUACCGAUGGUCAUAUACGCAGUGUGUCAACUGUUAUCGGGUCACAUGUGAAUAAUUCGUUUUGUAAACGCGACAUACACUUCCUUAUGCCGAACGCACUUUCGCAACGAGGUGGUGCGACAUCACGCCACUCCGCGGCCGUGGCAGUCGCGACGAUACCACUACCACGUUGAACGUUCCUUGUGUUGUGGGUGUGUAAACUCGAACUACACUCGACAAUCUGUCGCAACUCACAACUGAGUACUAGAUCGUGCCAGUAUAGCAACGUAUUCAGUACAGUAAUCACGCGUCUUUCGUCAUUUGCACCGCAAAGUUUUUACCUCACGAACAAUUAAUUGGAAAUCUCAUGACGGUUUAUAUUUCACGACUUUGAAAACGUUUUAAGCCUCAAUAGUUUUCCUGAAGUAUAACUGUUAUACUUUGUGUUUUUAAGUGAUCAACAUUGGUUAUUGUUUUCUGGGAGUUUUAAUAUUUUCAACUUCAAGCAAACAUACAUAAUGGGGUAAUCGGUGAGACGAUCAAACAGAAACAUUGACAUUUGAGUGUAUUUUAAGUGAUAGUGACAGAUUGUUUGUAGUGUAUGCGAGUGUAGACAUUCAGCGCCAUGUAUUCUAUGAACUAUAUCGGCAAGUUCAUCGCGAACUUUCGCGAUUUCUACAAUGAGAUAAACAGCGCAACACUGACGGGCGCCAUCGACGUCGUGGUUGUGGAGCAACCCGACGGCAGUUUCACCUGCUCACCAUUCCACGUGCGCUUUGGCAAGCUGGGCGUGCUUCGGUCCAGGUUCAAAGUCGUCGAUUUAGAGUUGAACGGUGAGCAGCUGAACAUACAUAUGAAGCUCGGUGAGUCGGGCGAAGCAUUUUUUGUAGAGGAGGUCGGGGAAGACGAGGCGGAGUGCUCGGCGCACCUCGCCACCUCGCCCAUACCGGCCUCGCGCUUCGACGACCUCUACGAGCCUCGCCGCAGAAACUCCCUCUCUGCUGUCGAGCCCGAUCACGGACAGGCCUCGGACUACACGAAGCGACGAUACACAGCUGAUGGACAAACUAUGCAGAAACCCAAUUUAAGUAAACUUAAAACUAUAGAUGUUCAAGAAACGAAAAAUGACAAUGAAAAUGAAGCUCUAUUUGAAAUGGACGGCCUAGACGAGGUUUCGGUAGACUGGGUCGACGCGAAGCCGAAGACUUUCGCAGCCACAAAGCUCGGAGAAGCGCAAAGCGAAGCGAAUCAGGUGGUACAAAAGAUAAGCGCUAACAACGACUUCCGUCCGAUAGACGCUGCGCCCGCUAAUCAAGAAGAAGUAAAACAGAACGGCAACGGAAAGAAGAAAAAGAAGACGAGGAAGGUCAGCGCGAAGAAGAAGCACCAAAGAAAAUCAUCGACAAGCUCAGUUUCGAGUCAGUCGGAUCUCGCCAGUUCGGAGCCGCGCAGUUCUCAACCCGCUUCCAUUCAGAAUAACGCGGAUAUUAAUUUCUUCAGUGACACAGAAGCGAAUGCAGCUGCGCUUAGCGAAGAGAUGUCAAAUUUGAAGCUAAACGGAGACAACCGCAUCCCACUGGCGUUGUCAGAUACAGCGUUCGAGGUCCACGCAGCCUCCAGACAUGCCAAGGGGUCACGGAGCGGCACGCCCGUGCAGUCCGACACCGAAGUGGAACUGUCGCGGGCCACAUCUGGCGACAAGUCGUCACAAUCCUGGCGGUGGGGGGAACUGCCCGAGCCGCCACUGAGAGGGGCGAGUGCCGCAUCCCCUGAAUCCUCUGCAUCACCAGCUUCCCCAGCGUCACCCGCCUCGCACGCUGAGCCGCUCAGUUCUGAUGAAGAGCGGCCAGGAAGACGAGGAGUUCUCAGUGGCAUGUUCCGCUUCAUGUCCACUAAGGAUGCGAACGAAGCGACCACAGAAGGGGUUUACCUUGACGACCUGGAUCGUGGACAAGUCGAUCCCGAUCUCUAUUUUCCUAAACAUCACACGGAAAGGUAUCGCUCAGUAAGUGGAGCUGUUCCGCAAACGGGGGGUCCAACAGAGGAGGAAUAUGAAUCAGGGAAUGGGCCCUCUCUGCCGCAGUCCCCGACCUCGUUAGAACCCCCAGCUAUCGACUCUGAUGAUGAUGACAAGAUACUGAGCAAGGGCCAGGUGUCAGUGUACCUGCGCGAGGGCGCGGUGUCUCGCUCGCUGACGUUCGAGGAGUUCUGCGCGCGCGGCGACUCGCUGCUGGCGGAGGGGCGGCUGGAGGUGCGCGUGGGCGAGCGCCGGCUGCCCUGGCGCAGUGCCGGCCUGCUCAUACUCUCCCUGCUCGCCUUUAGACGACCUCUGCCUAAGCGUAUCCUAGAGGAGCUGGACAAGGUGGGGGGCGGUGUGGGGGGCGCGGGCGAGGUGGAGGGCGGCGCACGCGCAGGCGGCGAGAGCGCGGAGGCGGGCGCCAAGCCGCGCUCCUACUCCUGGUGGAGCUGGCGCCGCUCCAACGCUGAAGCCAAGAGAACUGAACCAUCUCCAGCAAAAGAAGAAAUUGUCAAAGAUCUCACAGUGUCACAGCAAGCACCGGACACAGCUAAAGAGCUGAAAGUGACCAUCAAUGAGGAUCAAAUUGACUCCCCGGGAGAGGAACAAGACAGGGAUACUGAAGAGACUAACAUUAAUGACGUCAUAGAACCCAUAGAGUUGACCCCGACUGAAGAUGUCGCAGAAGUGUUGCCAGUUACGAAACAAACACAUAUUAAAGAUGAUCAAAGGGAGCAAAGUUCGUCUGAUUCGGAGCAGGAGAGUCAUCAGAAACCUUCCAGACGUCAUUCCACAUUCCGCAAAACGUUGCGACUUUCCUCCGAUCAAAUUAAAAAGUUGAACUUGCGCGAGGGUAUGAACGAGAUGGUGUUCAGCGUGACGACGGCGUACCAGGGCACGACGCGCUGCAAGUGCAACGUGUUCCGCUGGCGGCACGACGACAAGAUCGUCAUCUCAGACAUUGACGGCACCAUCACCAAGUCUGAUGUGCUGGGACACAUCUUCCCGCUGGUGGGCAAGGACUGGGCGCAGUCGGGUGUCGCACAGCUCUUCACAAAGAUCAAGAACAACGGCUACCAGCUGCUCUACCUGUCCGCGAGGGCCAUAGGACAAGCCAGGGUGACUCGCGAGUACCUGCGGUCUAUCCGUCAGGGCGAGGUGUGUCUGCCGGAUGGACCGCUGCUGCUGAACCCCACGUCGCUGCUGCGCGCCUUCCACCGCGAGGUCAUAGAGAAGAAGCCCGAAGAGUUCAAGAUCCAGUGCCUCGCGGAUAUCAAGGCUCUCUUCCCUCACAACUCCAACCCCUUCUAUGCUGGAUACGGGAACAGGGUCAAUGACGUAUGCGCUUACCAAGCUGUGGGCAUUCCCAUCGUGAGGAUCUUCACCAUCAACUACAAGGGCGAGCUGAAGCACGAGCUCACGCAGACAUUCCAAUCCACGUAUUCGCACAUGUCGGUGCUGGUGGACCAGGUGUUCCCGCCGGCGCAGUGCGAGCCGAGCGGCGAGUUCUCGCACGCCGUGUACUGGCGCGACCCUCUGCCUGCCGUCACCUUGCCCUCCCCACCUGCCGCACACGCAGCACUCGCCGCGCCCAAACACUAGAUACUGUCUCCAACCCACCACUCCCCACCACAUACAACAUCAACAGACAAAAUCAAACAUUUGGGGAAUAAAGCUUGUAGUCGCGUUAUUCUAAAACGUUUCUCAGAAGUUAACUAGACUGAGACUAGAACUACUAGACCAGCGUAACACUACUAGCCUAUGAAAGGGAGAGGCGCAGCAUCCUAGUGUGAAUAAAUCCUACUUGUCCUUUAUUAGCUGUAGUGUUUGACUCAGCACAAUACCUACUAGCGAAGUGAUAGAAAAGCACAUAUUAGGAAGAGCACAUUGACAAAUACUGACUUAACUGUCCCCUCUACCUUGAC